UGUCAAUUGCUAUCUUUACUUACACACAGUCAGUCUUGUUUGAGUCUUUUAUUUGUAACUUACAAUGGCACUUGCGUUGAUUUGUUUGUGUUGAUCAUAAGUGGUAUUAUUUUAGUGCAGUGAGUUCUGGGAUCUGGGAAUCUCAUCAAGAUGGGAGUUCCAGCAUUUUUCCGUUGGCUCAGUCGAAAAUAUCCGAGUGUGAUCGUGGAAUGUAAUGAACAGAGACCGACAGAUGUAGACGGCCAGCUUGUCUACGCGGAUUCAUCUCUACCCAACCCCAAUGGAGUGGAAUUUGACAAUUUAUACCUGGACAUGAACGGGAUCAUCCAUCCGUGCACGCAUCCGGAAGACAAGCCUCCACCGAAGGAUGAGGAUGAGAUGAUGGUUGCCAUCUUUGAGUGCAUCGACAGACUGUUCCGUAUCGUCAGGCCUCGUAAGCUGUUGUAUAUGGCUAUUGAUGGUGUUGCACCUCGUGCGAAGAUGAACCAACAGCGCUCCAGACGAUUCCGUGCCUCUAAGGAAACCCAGGAGAAAAUUGAGGAGAUUGCCAGGAUCCGCUCGGAACUAGAAACAAAAGGGGCGUACUUGCCCCCUGAAAGGCCAAAAGAGGCCCAUUUUGACUCUAAUUGCAUCACGCCAGGCACACCCUUCAUGGAUCGGCUAAGCAAAUGCUUGCAUUAUUAUAUACAUGACAGAUUAAAUAAUGAUCCAGGCUGGAAAGGCAUCAAGGUGAUUUUAUCUGAUGCUAAUGUACCUGGUGAAGGGGAACACAAGAUAAUGGACUACAUUCGUAGGCAAAGAGCUCAACCUGACCACGAUCCUAAUACCCAGCACGUGCUUUGCGGCGCUGACGCCGAUCUCAUCAUGUUAGGGCUGGCGACGCACGAGCCCAACUUCACUAUCAUUCGCGAGGAAUUCAAGCCAAACAAGCCCAGGCCUUGCGACGUUUGUGGACAACUGGGUCACGAAAUGAAGGAAUGCACUGGAACGUCACCAGAUGCUGCGUUAGUUCGCUCCGACCCAGCUUUUGGGAACCAGGACAGCUUCAUAUUCGUCCGCUUGAGCGUACUGCGCGAGUAUCUGGAGAGAGAGCUGCAGAUGCCCAACCUGCCGUUCCCCUACGACUUCGAGCGCGCCCUGGACGACUGGGUGUUCAUGUGCUUCUUCGUGGGCAACGACUUCCUGCCGCACCUGCCCAGCUUGGAGAUAAGGGAGGGGGCUGUAGAUAGGCUGGUCAACUUGUACAAGAAGUGCGUCUACAGGACUAAGGGCUGGAUCACAGACUCCGGCGACGUGAACCUGGACCGCGUGCAGGUCAUCAUGACGGAGCUGGGGCACGUCGAGGACGAGAUCUUCAAGAGGAGGCACACCAACGAGCUGAACUUCAAGGCCAGGGAUCGUGCGAAGAAGAGGCAGCAGAAAGUCAAUUUUGGUCUUCUGGAAAAGACGCAAUUUGCACCCGUGCCUAUUGGUCAAAGCGGGUCUCGUGGCGUUGAGAAUGCGCGCCAGGAAGCAGCCAAUAUUCGUCUCGCCGGCAUGCAAGCCGUCGCUGAGCAAGAACAAUCUCAGAACAGAGGCCGCAAGAGGUCAGCACAAGAGGCGGAGUUGGACGACGACGACGACGACAAGCACGACGAGGUGCGGCUGUGGGAGGAGGGCUUCAAGGAGAGGUACUACGAGAGCAAGUUCGAGGUGGCCAGAGACAAUCUAGAGUUCAGAUACCGCGUGGCGCUCCAGUACGUGCGCGGGCUGUGCUGGGUGCUCCGCUACUACUACCAGGGCUGCGCCAGCUGGAAGUGGUACUUCCCGUAUCACUACGCGCCCUUCGCAUCGGAUUUCGUCAACAUUUGCGGCCUUUCGACCAAGUUCGAGAAGGGAACUCAGCCUUUCCGUCCCCUGGAGCAGCUGAUGGGCGUGUUCCCCGCGGCCAGCUCGCAGCACGUGCCCAAACCCUGGGCUAAGCUCAUGAGCGAUCCUUUCUCCCCCAUCAUCGACUUCUACCCGACGGACUUCAAGAUCGACCUGAACGGCAAGAAGUUCGCGUGGCAGGGGGUCGCGUUGCUCCCCUUCGUGGAUGAAACCAGGCUGUUCAAGGCGUUGGAGCCUUAUUAUAGUGACCUCACGCAGGCAGAGAUACAACGCAACAUCCGCGGCAACGACCGUCUCUACGUGUCCACGGGCAACAAGAGCUACGAGUACCUGCUGGGGCUGUACCAGGAGGCCGGCAGCAAGCUGGGCAGGCUGCUGGCCAGCGGGCAGAAGUACCCGUUCCGCUGCGAGGGCGUCCGCGGUGACGUCAUGCUGAGCGGGGACCAUGUCGGCAUUGGAGGACAGCUGGCGUCUCCCGUGAUCGGCCUGCCCCCAGUGCUGGGCAACCACGUGGUGUGCGUGAGGUUCCAGGACCCGCAGUACCCAGAGGACUUCAUAUUCCCCGCCAGGAGGCUCAAGGCCGCCGUGGAAGCGCCUAGGGUUCUCAAACCAGGGAACUUGUCGCACGAAGAGAACAGGAAUUGGAGGCCUCAGAUCGGCAUGGCGCGGUCUCACACCGUAGCGUCGUUGGAGAUGGCUGGCCAUCGGAUGCUGGGGCACGCUAUCCCGAGGGAGAGGGCCUAUGGCAACGUGCCGCCGCCUCAACACGGCCGGUCGCAUUCGUUCGGACCCCAGAGGAGCGGCUACACCCCCUAUCAGACGCAAGGCCCCAACCAAAACCAGUCGCAAGGUUUCCAAAACUUCAACCGUUCCGGUUACGGCAACCAAGGCAGAUUCGGCAACCAAGAUAGGUAUGGUAACCAGGAUAGGUACGGAAACCAGAACAGGUACAACCAGAACCAGAACCAAAACCAAGGUUACGGUUACCAGAACAGAGGGCAAAAUGGUUACCAGUCAGGUCAUGGUGGCCAGGGUUACUCGAGCCAGUCAAAUCAACGACACGGCAGCCAAGGGUACAAUUCCCAGGGGCAGAGAAGCAGGUUCCACGGCAAUUCUGGUAACCAAGGAGGCUGGCGUUGAUAGAAGAUAAAUUAUAUUUUUUAGGUUAAAUUGGAAAAUUCCAAAAAAUAUGCAAUGUGUUUGGACACUCGUCCAAAGAAUACAAAUUUUGCACUGAAAUAGAUAUGCCAGAUGAGACGAUAUGAAGUAGCUAUGAUGAUGAAAGAUGAAUUGUGACUUAAGUAUAAAUUAAGAAUGAAAAAUUAUACACGAGAAGUGGCAUUGAUAGAAAGGCUAUUUUCUUGUCAAUUCUUUAAACUAACUAUAGUAUUUUUUAUUAUUCUUGUAUAUAUUUUUUCCGAAUGAAAAAUGUUUUGAUUUUUAUCAAAUACCCGCCUAAAAGAGCAAAAAUAAUGAAACAUUUAUGUAAAAAUUCAACAAUUGUUUUUAAAGUCGAUCUUAUUAACUUAGUUAUAAAGACUGUUCUACACUACCACUAGAUUUUGUUAGUUGACAAAGAUGUAAAUUAAUAAAUAAAUGACAAAUUCAUGAUAAAAUCUUAAUGACAUAAUAAUAAGUUUCACAAUCGAAGGAGCAACAUAAUUUUUGCACCAUCACUUAAGGACUGUAUGAAGUGUAGUUGAAAUAUUAAUAUGAAUUCGCGUAGGUUACAGCACUCGGCAUAUAAGUUGACCUUAGAAUUUCACACUUCCGAGAUGAGAAGUAGCAAUUUUCGAUAUAUAAAAAAAAAUUGUUCCGUGCAAUAACCAUAGAGUUUUGGUUCAACUUACGUGCCGGGCCACUUUAAAUGCUGUUCUGUCUGUACAUAUAAAGUACGCUUUUUUUUAAACCGUUUACAUCACCUAAAUACUGUGUAGGUGUUUAAUUUUUAUAUUUAAUAAUUAAUUUGUUUAUGAAUAUUGUGUAAAUUGUUUUGUCAAAUAAUCUAACGUGGAUUUAAAGCUUUUUUGAAAUAUGUAUUGUGAACAUAUUACAGUUGUCAUUGGUCAAAUGAUGUGUUUGAUUUUGAUUGUAAAGUACACUGAUAAAAGGCGCGUGUCACACAGACAGCCGAAAAUUGUUUUGUAUGUAUAUAAUACAAUGUUUUUUUUUCGAGUUGUAAGCAAAAUAUGCUGUACACUAUGAAUUCUAGAAAUUGUUCUCUUAAAGUUUGUGAACAAUAAACAUCAAUUGAAUAUUUUUUUUGUAAUUACUGAAACGUAUUAGUUUUAGAUAAAUAUAUUACGGCUGCUGUGUGACUAGCGCCUAAUCUUUCCUUGAUUGGACAUAGAAUUAUUUGUAAAAUAUGAUUUAUGAAUGUAAAAAUAAAAAACACAAACAGCAUUGCUGGUGCCAUUA